AUGCUGGUCCAGUGGACAGCUGUGUCCCCUUUCACCCUCUUCUAUGGGAACUACGUCAUCUACUUACUUCCCACUUUCCCAGCCCCGCUCGGCUGGCUGGCUUUCAAAGACACCGGGAAGACGCCCGUGGAGCCUGAGGUGGUGAUCCACCGCAUCUGGAUCACUCUCACUAGCCUCAACGUGAAGUCGCUGGAGAAGGUGUGUGCUGAUCUGAUCAGAGGCGCCAAGGAGAAGAACGUGAAAGUGAAGGGGCCAGUGCGCAUGCCCACCAAGAUCCUGAGGAACACUACAAGGAAAACACCUUGUGGUGAAGGCUCCAAGACGUGGGAUCGUUUCCAAAUGAGAAUCCGCAAGUGCCUCAUUGACUUGCACAGCCCCUCCGAGAUAGUUAAGCAGAUUACAUCCAUCAGUAUUGAGCCAGGCAUGGAGGUUGAAGUCACCAUUGCAGAUGCCUAA